AUGGAUUCUGCCGCCCUUGAUCAUGUAAUUAAUCGUUUGUUUGAGGUUAAAGGGAAGCCGGGGAAGCAAGUGCAGCUCUCGGAGUCAGAGAUCAAGCAGCUUUGUUUGCAGUCUAAAGAGAUUUUCUUGCAACAGGCUAAUCUUCUUGAGCUUGAAGCACCCAUUAAGAUCUGUGGAGACAUUCAUGGUCAAUAUUCUGAUCUUCUUAGACUCUUUGAAUAUGGUGGAUUACCCCCCAAAUCUAAUUACUUAUUCUUGGGGGAUUACGUGGAUCGUGGGAAGCAAAAUCUGGAAACGAUCUGUCUUCUACUUGCCUAUAAGAUAAAGUAUCCUGAAAACUUCUUCCUUUUGAGGGGAAACCAUGAAUGUGCAUCGGUCAAUCGUAUAUAUGGAUUUUAUGAUGAGUGCAAAAGAAGAUUUAAUGUGAGACUCUGGAAAACAUUCACAGAUUGUUUUAAUUGCCUACCUGUGGCAGCUGUUAUAGAUGAAAAGAUACUGUGCAUGCAUGGAGGACUCUCUCCUGAUCUGCAUGAUCUGGAUCAAAUUAGAAAUAUGCAACGUCCAAUGGAUGUUCCAGAAACUGGUUUACUUUGUGAUCUCCUAUGGUCCGAUCCCAGUAAAGAUGUCAAAGGGUGGGGAAUGAGUGAUAGGGGAGUGUCCUAUACAUUCGGUCCUGAUACGGUAACCGAAUUCCUUCAAAAGCAUGAUCUUGAUCUUAUAUGCCGUGCCCAUCAGGUCGUUGAAGAUGGCUACGAGUUUUUUGCUGAUAGACAGCUUGUCACAAUAUUCUCAGCCCCAAAUUACUGUGGAGAAUUUGACAAUGCCGGUGCCAUGAUGAGUGUGGAUGAAACUUUAAUGUGCUCAUUUCAAAUACUGAAGCCUGCAGAAAAGAAGCCAAGAUUUGGAUUUGGGAGCACUGCUACAGCUAAACGACGAACUCCUCAAACAAAAACGAUGGUAAAUUUAUUCUCUGUCUAG